AUGGUUGGCCUUGAAGUAUUUGAAAUCACCCUGAAGCCGGGAACCGGGUAUAAGGACUUCGACCAUAUGACCUGGUACGUCGGAAAUGCGAGGCAAGCGGCUUCUUAUUACACCACUCGGAUGAACUUCACUCCAAUCGCCUACAAGGGACCAGAAAACGGCUCACCUUAUACCGCCUCUUAUAUUGUUCAAAAUGGCGGUGUUCGCUUUGUCUUUGUUGCGCCCGUCUGUACUCCCUCUAAUCAAUGUAUCCCAGGGGUUGAGAGGAAGCGUUUAAAGGAGAUCCAUGACCACCUCGCGAAGCAUGGGGAUGGCGUCAAGGAUAUUGCCCUCCAGGUCAACAUGGACGUCAAAGGGAUAUGGGAAAAGGCUAUAAAACAUGACGCUCAUCCGGUCAUGGAGCCUGUUGUCAUCAACGCCGAAGCUCCCUUCAGCGGCAAGAUUCAGAUAGCCACCAUAUCUGCAUACGGGGAUACAACCCACACGUUUGUCAAUCGUGAAGGGUAUACCGGCCCGUUCUUGCCUGGAUACCAGACUGUGGAAGAAAAGGACCCAAUUAACCGCUGCCUACCCGCAAUCGACUUCAUCGGUAUUGACCAUUGUGUUGGUAAUCAGCCUUGGGACGGAGUUGAUGAGGUGGUCAAAUUCUAUGAGGAAUGUCUCAAUUUUCACCGCUACUGGACUGUGGAUGAUGCAGCAAUGUGCUCUGAUUAUUCCGCAAUGCGUUCGAUUGUAGUUGCCUCGCCAGAUGAGGUGAUCAAGAUGCCGAUCAACGAGCCCGCCGUGGGUGAAAAGAAGUCCCAGAUUGAAGAGUUUGUGGACUAUUACAACGGCUCAGGCGUUCAGCACAUCGCCUUUCGAACUAGCGAUAUCAUCACUGCCGUCACCAAUCUUCGGGCACGAGGUAUGGAAUUUCUCUCUGUUCCCAGCACCUAUUACACAGCCAUCAGGGAGAAACUCAGCCAGUCCUACACCGUUGUCAACGAAAGUCUCGAUAUUCUUCAAAAGCUGAAUAUCCUUAUCGACUUUGACAAGGGGGGUUAUCUCCUGCAGAUUUUCUCCAAGCAUGUUCUCGACCGCCCGACGGUGUUUGUCGAGAUCAUACAGCGCAACAAUUUUGAUGGUUUUGGCGCUGGGAAUUUCAGGGCCCUGUUUGAGGCGUUUGAGCGUGAACAGGCUUUGAGAGGAAAUCUCUGA